UUUCAAAGUUACCUUAUCUUAUUGCACAUCCUUUUUUUUUUCAGGUCUUUAGUAUUUUGAAAAUAUUGUUAGUACAUUAAAGAGAGAGUGGACCAAGGCAUUUACAUUUCCCACAACCUAUGGCAGGAGUCUGGGGAUACGUGUGACCCUCAUAAUCCACUCCUCGAUUCCUCUGUCCCUUCCCAACCUCAACGUACCUUCCUCAACUCAUCUCUGUUUUCACUCCCACCACAACUGAAGAAACAUAGACACAUUCGCUUCUUCUUCUCCUUCAAAAUGAAGACUAAUUCCAACAACGCCAAGCUCAUACUCUUCCACCCUUCCCUUCACAAACAAAGCCCUCUACCAACCAACGCCACAACAAUCUUCUCAUCCUACCGCCUCUCCCUCUUCUUCUUCUUCCUCCUUUUAUCCACAAUACUCUUCACCUGCACCCUCAUCACCACAACCAUCUCCUCCACCGCCGCCUCAUCCUCUGCGGCCGCCCUCUCCACUCUCCCGCCCUCCGUCUCCAAAGCGCUCCUCCAUUACGCCGCCGCCUCCAACGUUUCUGUCAAGCCCAUGUCUUCCGCGGAGCUCGCCGCCCUCUCCAAAGCCCUCCUCCUCAAGCCGCGUCCCAACUUCCUCGUCUUCGGUCUCACCCACGAGUCUCUCCUCUGGGCCGCACUCAACCACCAGGGACGCACCGUCUUCCUUGACGAGAACGAAUACGCCAUCUCUAAGUUCGAGCAGUCCAAUCCCGGCAUCGAAGCCUACGACGUUCAGUUCACCACUAAAGUCUCCGAUUUUCCCAAACUUCUCUCUCAGACCCGUGCCCAGGUCCAGACCGACUGCCGGCCCGUCCAAAACCUCUUAUUCUCCGAAUGCAAGCUCGCCAUCAACGAUCUACCCAACCACAUUUAUCAAGUUGCGUGGGACGUAAUUCUCGUCGACGGGCCCAGGGGGUACUCUCCGGAGGCUCCCGGGCGGAUGUCGGCCAUCUUCACGGCGGCGGUUCUCGCCCGGAGCGCUAAGGCUGGCAACACUCACGUCUUCGUCCAUGAUUUUGGGAGAGAGGUGGAGAGGGUUUUCAGCGACGAAUUUCUCUGCCAAGAGAAUUUGGUUGAGUUGGUGGAUUCGUUGGGUUACUUUCUUGUAGCUAGUGAAGUUCACAACGUGGAAGGUGCCGUGUUUUGCAGAAACUCGAGUUCCUCAUUGUCGUCAUUGCCGUCGUCAAUGGGUGUCGAUGAAGAGGACUAGGAUUAUCUUGUGAUUUUAGAGAAUCUGUAAAAUGCUCUUUUUUUUUUCUUUCUUUUUUCUUUUUCUGGUCUUUAUAUAAAUAUAUAUAUUUUAAAAGAAAGAAAGUGUAUUUUAAGUCGGCAUUUUAUGUAGGGCAUGCUUUUCUCCCCAAAAAAGGGCGAGGAAUAUGAAUGGAGUUUUUUGAAUUUAUUAUUUUAAAUUA